AUGUCCAACCAACUCUCGGACCCCGGGUCGAGCGUCUACGACUCGGCCACGAUGCAUGUCGGAGAUGGCACAUGGGACUCGCAGCGCAACACUUUUCUGCUGCCCAACUUGCAAGCCCCCAACUUUGAGACGAUGCGAUUGAAUGGUAUGGGCAACCGCUUCCGCAGCAUGGCCAGCUACAAGGCUCUCAUCACAGCCCACGGCGUAUUAGCAGUCAUUGCUUUCCUAUUCGUAAUACCCGCAGCUAUCUUCAUGGCUCGCUUCUACCAUCGCAACCCACGAACCGCCUUGCGAGUCCACAUCUGGUUGCAAGUAGCAGCAGUGCUUCUUUCGACUGCUGCCAUCGUCUGCAGCUUCCAAGCUGUUGGCCUCGAGAGAUCUCUGACCAACCCUCACCACGGCAUCGGCGUUGCGCUAUACACUCUUGUUAUGGUUCAAUUCCUUGGUGGCGCUCUCAUUCAUAAACUUGAAAAGGGCAAGGAGCGAUUCAAGAUCCCUCUUAAGCUUAUGAUCCCACUUGGCCUGACACUAUACGGGUCACCACUGGCCUUGUUCAUCCUUUUCGCAGUGUGGACUUUCAUCUUAGUAAUCCUCUACUUCGUCCUCUCCUACAGGACCCAGCCCGAGAUGGACUUUGAUGACCGUAGCACCUACAUCACCGACCGCUCAUACAGUACCAGGAUAAGUCGACGCACGAGCAGAGGCCCUGGCGCUGGAAAGCUCGCAGCAGCGGGAGCAGCCGGUGCAGGAUUAGCCGCGCUGGGGUCAAGAAGAUCUCGAAGCCGCACCCGCAGCAGGCAUGGUGGCACAGUCCUUAGUUCCCGACCCGACUCUCGGUCCCGCGUCGCCGACUCUGAGUUCACCGAAUCGUACUUGAGUGAUGAGAAAUACCGCGCCGAUGGCAACAAAGGUUCCACUUGGAAGGACAAGCUCCUAGGAGUUGGGGCUGCAGCUGGUGGUAUUUUCGCCGUCAAGAAACUAUUCAAUCGCAAACCAAAACAUCCUCCGACCGAGACAGGGAGCGACUUCAGUUACAGCCGCCCAUUGGGACCAUCCGAGGUCACUCAGACCGAUAUCUCUAGGCUCGAGGAAGGAAGGGCACCCGAAUCUCCAGCAAACCGUCGAAACGACUGGCGUCGAGACAACCCACAAGCAUCGGCUUUGUCUGGAAGUGCUAUGCGACCUGGUCACCGCCCAACUGGAAGUGUCACCUCCAUUGACUCUUUCGAUAGCCGGACAAGCCUCAGCGAAGAAACUGAAAUGAGGCCUAGGGAUCGGCAGUAUGGACUAAAGGAGGGUGUUGCUACCAUGGGAGUCGUCGGUUUCCUAAAGCAUUCUCUCAGCAAGCGCAGCAAGAAGAAGGAAGACGACCGCGUGGAAGAGAUGAGACAACAAGAUCUGGAAGAGGAACGGGUCGCCCGCAUGAACAGCCAACGCCGCAAGAAGUACACGGGUGAUGGAGCACCUCCAAGGAGAGGCCAUAGACCGCCGUCCACCAUUCUGUCUGAGAGCGAUAUGACCGGUAUCACGCCCUCAGUAGCGCAGCGCCCAUCUCGACCCAUGGAUUCUACUGUCACGCCCAACCCAAGUCGCCCCCCUCGCGCCGGUGUCUACAGUGUCUUGUCAGAUUCCGGUUCCGAAGCUUACGACUCACCCGGAGGCCGUCACCACAGCCGACGCCGCACGGGAGACGCACCAAUAAUACCUGCUGGUGCAGCCGCGGCAGCCACAGUCACUUCUGCCGGAUCGCCCACCAAGCGAGAACGCCGCGGCAGCAGAGACGACGUGGCCUCCCCUCCCGUAUCCGUCAAAGUCAAGAUGCACAACGACGGCCGCCACGUAACCCUCCGCCGCCUCAACGAAGAAGAAGCCGCCGCCGAACGCGAAGCCCGCCGCCGAGAACGCCAACGCAAAAACCGCGCCGGCAGCGUAAGUUCCAUGAGCGGCGUCGGCGGCGACCGCUGGCGCAGAACCGAAGCCAUGGAAGCUGCUCAAGCCGCUGAAAUGGCUCAACAGUCUGGUGCUCAUCCUCCUCCGCCUAUGCCCAUGCCUAGUUCGAGUACCUUGCGCAUGCCUGAAGCGAAUAUUCCUCCGCCUCCGCCGGGUCCUCCUCCCAUGUUCGGUAAUGGCCAGCAACAGCAUCUAGCGCCUGAUCAGGCUAAUUUCCCUCCUCCGCCUCCUAUUCCUGCUGCCGCGGAUACGGUGCUGAGUAGUCCGGUGUAUGGGACUGAGACGGAUCUUAGUAAUUAUGAUUCCAACAGGAGGAGAAGGAGAGCGGAAAGGGCGCAGGCUAAGCAGGCGAGGUUGGGGGGGAGUCGCGUUGAGUUUUCGUGA